AUGCCGACUGCAGCUUCCACAAAACCUAAUCCAACAGGUAUCUACUCUGCCUCCAAACUCGAGUCUGGUAGGGAAUCCCCCAACUCUCGCGCGUCUUUUAUCGUGUUCUCCGAACUUACGUAGCUCCGGUAGCCUUCUUCUUGAGGCCGUAUAAAUAAGAACGGAAAUACGAGCAGGGCGGGUUCUCACCAUUUCUCCCGCUCUCCCUCUUCGCCAUGAGGAGUUUGACCGACACAAUCCUCUUAUUGAGUAAAUUGGCCUCCAAUCUCCGCCGAUCCAAUGCCUCUCCCACCAUUAACGACGACGACGACGAAGCUAUCUCCUCCCUCGCCACCUCCCUCAACUUUGGCGAUCGGAUGACGCCUAGGGUUAGGGUUUUGGAUCCGGCGCUUUCUCUGAUGUGCUUUAAAACGCCCGAGGUGUGCAGCUCGCGGAUCGAAUGCCUGGUUCGCACCAUUGUGUCGGUGCUCAAUUCGUCCAUCUCUUGCAAGGUCUUGCGGCCCGAGGAAGGGGGUGGGGCGGAGUUUCUGAAAGUUGGGAGUUCGAUCUCCUCCAGAGACUGCCACCGCCUGAUUCGAGUCUGCGGUGAUGUUCUUGAGAGCUUGGAGGGUCACGGUGGGCAUUCCCAAACUCUAAUAUAUGCUAUUCUGAAAGCAGUUGUAUCAUCAUCUAGCUAUCAAAGCCUUCUCCCUUUAUCACCAUUAGUUUAUGAAGAAAAUGAAGGAACACCUUGUGAUAGGAGAGCUGCAAUUUCAAAGCUGAUGUGCUUUUUGCCUAAAGGAAGCCCUUCCAGUAGCCAUGAAAUUCCAAUGAGGUUAUUUCUGUGGUAUCUUGAUCCACCGGUUCUAAAGCAUGACAUUUCAGAAAUUUUACAUGAAGCUAUUCAAAGACCAUUUCUUUGCUUGAGGACAGAAUUGCACGAUAGGAUGGCUUGGCAUACGAUAAUUAUAUGCUUGGUAAUUUCUCCAACUAUGUUUAUAGAGGCAAGGGCACUACUGCAUAGCUGGUUUCUUUUGACAGGCUUGCCUUCUGUAUUAGAUCUUCAAAUUGGUAUAGUCUCAUCAGUAUUAGAUAUUCUUUCAAGGCCAAUGUGGUGGGGCAUAUCCAUGGAAAUGGGAAUGAAAUAUCCAUCUUCCUAUGCCUAUUUUCCAUGCAGACAUCAUGAACUUCUGGCAAUAAUAAGUGGACACAUUUCAUGCAAUAGCUUUCUGGAUCUGGUUCAUUAUAUUAAAACCAGACUUGCUCCCUUGGCCAAACAUUCAGAUCCAACUGCUUCUCAUCCUUCACAUGGGAUUUUUGGGCAUGAAGCAUUAGUGGAUCUUGUAGAUAAUGAUUCUGCCUGGACAAUGUUGAUGGAUUUCCCUGCCUGGUUCUAUUUUGCAACUGCUUUAAUCUUCCAUGGAAAUGAUUCCCAAGAUUAUAUAUCUAGCGUAAUAUGUGGUGAAGUGAAAACCGAGACGGUAAACAAUGAGGAACUACAUCAGGCUGCUACUCUAUACCUUUCAUGGAUUUUGUGCCCGAUUGAUGAAGCCAACCGCAGGAUGCUAUUUGACCAGAUAUAUGAAUUGUCAAGGUCUUGGAUCAUGAAAAAUAAAAAAAGUUGUAGCUAUGAACAACGAUCCUGCUCAGAUAUCCAUUACAAAAGUAAACUUAAUUGCAGUAAGAAGCUCCGAAUACCCAAGCCCAAUGAUUGUGACAAGCUGCAUGUGACUGCUCAAGGAGACAGGGCCUCCAGUAUCAGAUUAUGGCUGAAAAAAUUUGAUCAAUGUUGUGUUAACUAUUGCACUCAAACAACCAACAGCCACAUACCAACUGAAGCAAAAUUAAAACAAGAUACUAGCAUGUAUCCUAAUUUACUGUCUGCAAAAAUUCCACUGGGCAUAUUUAUUACUAGUCUUAGUGAUAUCAAUGAAAAGGAUUGUGAACUGCUGCUUCACUAUGCUGCCUCUGGUGAAAUCAAACAGGUAAAAGAGAUGCAGAGGAAAGCCAAAGGCUGCAUUGGUCAUGAUGAGUUCACUCCCUGGUCUGCAGAUGAUGCGACGAAAUGGGCUUUGAAUGGAGCCUGUCUCGUAUUUAAUUUACUAGAUUUAAUUGAAGAUAUGUCAGUGAUGUUGUUCGACUGUGAAGAUACUAGGGUUGAUUUUCUUCACCAGAUGAAAGGCAAGGCCAGUAGGUAUUUGCUCAAGUGUGUAAAAUUAUUGUUUGAAUGUGAAUGCCAUGAAUUCUAUAAUGGUGCAAUUGGAGUAAGAGACAAUGUGUUGGACCUUUACAGGAGAUUAGUGACGUGGAGACAACAAGGUCCAGAAGGGUUUGAGGGAUAUAAGGCAUUUGAUGAUGUUGUUGAUGACUUUGCCAAAAGGUUCAGAAUAGUAGAAUAAAGACAGUACUGUUUUUCAUACCAUUACGAUCUAUUUAGCUGUAGAUUUUAAUACAGAGACCUACCAGUCUGAGAAGAAGUUUGAUU